AUGGGAGGAGAUGAGCCAAACAUCUCGACUGUUGAACCCGACAAGAAGUGGCCGACUCAGCACUCGUGGUCAGCUGACCCAGAAGAGCCGGCUAUAUAUUGGGCAGCAAAACCCAGAGAAGGCAGAUUCAACAUGAAGUCCCUCAUCUUCCUGUUGGCUCUCGCCCUUGUGGUAUGGUACGUAUAUCCUUCCUCUCCCUCAAUCCGCAGAGACUUUCCUAGCCAGGCCCAUCUUUAUCCCCAUGCCACCUUUGUUUUUUCUCUUUGCACAGAUCCCAGCUUCUCCGAAAACAGCCUUCACAUCUACAGGUAUGAAGGUGUGAUUCUGUCCGGACUGCCCGAGAGAGGAUUGAGCCAAGCUGGAGUUAGGCUGAUCUGCAAAGUGAAAAUCAGGGGCGUUGGACAAAGACAAUACCUGCUGCAGAUUGAAGAACCCCGCAUCCAAGAACUCAAUGGGAUUUGGCCAAAGGACCCGUUCACUUCCGCCAAGAAGCUGACGGAACGAUUGGCUCCACUCUUGACCAAAGCCGUGAAGUUCGAGUACAUCAAUGGACGUGUGGGGACCAUCUCUGUCCCGGCCAACCUGCCUGAAGACAUCCUCAACAUCCACAGAGGGAUCCUCAACAUCUUCCAGAUCACCAUCAAGAAGUCUCAGUCUGCCUACGACCUGCAAGAGGCUGGGAUUGAAGGGAUCUGCCAUGCGAGAUACCUGGUCCAAGAAGACAAGAGGAAGGAACGUGUAACCAUCAUUAAGUCCAAGGACCUGAACAAUUGCCAGGAGAAGGUGGUGAAGCACACUGGCAUGGCGUACACCCAACUCUGCCCCAGCUGCCAACUGAGAGGCAGGAAUAUCCGAGCCUCCGUCACCUUCACCCACGUCCUGAAGCCCACCGCUGCCGGGGCAAUCCUGCAGGAAGCCAAGGUCCGGGAGGUGCAUCAGUUCACUCCCUUCCAUGAACUGGACGGAACAAUGCGCGUUGAGGCCAGACAGAGCCUGAUCUUGGAGCAGAUCACCACAGCAACCGUGAGUGAAGUGCCCGACUUCCAGAUCCAACGCACCCUUCAGUUCCGCAGUGACAGCAACGUUCUCCAGCAGCCCUUCACGCUCAUCCGUGACCAGAACAUCAUCCUUAAGGUGAAGCUCAGCGUGAAGGACACACUGAACCACAUUGCCCAACACAAUGUACAGACUAUCCACAGUGAUGCUCCCUCUCGAUUCCUGGAGCUCAUUCAGCUCCUGCGAUCCGCGGAUCAUUCCAGCCUGGCUGAGAUUUGGAGACUGGUGAAAAGCCAGCCUGAGUUAAGGCGUUGGUUCAUUGAAGCACUUCCUGCCGUCGGGACGAUCGACUCACUGAGAUGCCUCAAGAGCCGCAUCCAAGAAUCGGAGAUCAGUCGCUUGGAGAUCCUGCAGACUUUACUGCUGGCAAUGCACCAAGUCAAGACCGAUCGGCCAGUUAUGAACUUAGCCAUCGAGAUCAUCAACCUCAGUGCGAUCAAAGAAAUCCCGUUCCUGCGCAAGGCCACGCUCCUGGCGUACGGUUCCAUGGUCUUCCGAUUCUGUGCCGACAAGUCUACUUGCUCCGAUGAUGUGUUGAAGCCACUUCACAACCUGCUGGCUGAAGCCACCAGCCAACGUAACGAUGAGAACAUCGUGCUGGGCCUGAAAGCCAUCGGCAAUGCGGGGCAGCCCGGCAGCAUCAAGAGUAUCGUCAAACUGUUGCCGUACUUCGGAACCGUCUCCACCAACCUCCCACUCAAGAUCCGUGUGGACGCCAUCAUGGCUCUGCGCAACAUCGUACACAAGGACCCCAAAAUGGUACAACGCAUUGCUGUGCAAAUCUUCCUGAAUCGCAAGAACCACCCAGAGGAGCGGAUGAUGGCGUGUGCCGUGCUCUUCCUCACCAAGCCUCCACUCACCCUGGUCUCCAUGGUGGCCAACUCACUGCUGACUGAGACCAGCCUACAAGUGGCCAGCUUCACCCAUUCACACAUCACAGCGCUGUCCAGGAGCUCCCUGCCCGGCAUCCACACACUAGCAACCUCCUGCAAUCUGGCACUGAACAUCCUCAGCCCCAAGCUUGAGCAGUUGGGUAACCGAUUCAGCAAGGUUUACCGCAUGGACACCUUCAUGUACCGUGUGAUGGCAGGAAUAUCGGCCAAACUACUUCUGAUCAAGUCAUCCAGCACCGUCAUUCCAACAGCCUUGAUGGGCAAGAUCAAGGGUCAUGCUUUGGGUGGUGAGGUGGAUCUCAUUCAGGUUGGUUUGAGAGCUGAGGGUCUACAGGAAGUCAUCACAAAGUCUCGAUCAACAGACAUCAGGAUCACAGAGAACAGAUCCAUCCGUCGUAUCUUGAGCAAGAUUGUUAACUGGAAGGACUUCCCCGAGGAGGAAAUCCUGGGCUCAGCUUUCGUCAGAGUGUUCGGACAGGAACUGGCCUUUGUCCAAAUCCGCAAAGACAUCAUCGAUCAAAUUGGCCAGUUCAUGACGGAACCACUCAGUGGCCAGUGGAGGAGUUACCUGCAGCAACUCAACAAUGGCAUCAAUUUCCAGCCCGUCAAGGCCAUCAUGGCCGCCGAGGUUCGCCGUGUUGUUCCGACUGCCGUCGGUCUCCCCAUGGAACUCAACUUCAUCUCAACUGGUCUGGCUGUGGCCAAAGGAAGCAUUGAAGUCCGCUCUGAUCCUCCCAUUUCCCGACUUCCUCAGUUACUCACCUCCAAGAUUCAGCUGAAGGCUCGUCUGGCCCCAAGUGUGGCCAUUCACACCAGGGCCUUCAUGGGCAUCAACAUGCGUUACAUCCGCUCAGGAGUGAGUCUUCAGGCCAACGUCCGCUCAACUAUCCCCAUGGACAUAACCACCAAGAUCAACCUGAAAGAGGGCAGCUUCAGGAUCGACACCACUCCCGCUCAGAAGGAAAACAAGAUUGUCAGCAUUGAUUCUCAGGUCUAUGCCGUCUCAGCCAAUAUGGAGAACCUUUCCGCAGUGAGACGGGUGGCCAUCUUGCCUCUGUCGACAAGAAGGGACAUUUCCAGCCAAAGAUUCCGGUCGUCGGCUCAGUCAGGGAGGGUCCCAGAUGAGAGGAAUGUAGCACAGGUUGCCCCAGAAACCCUUGCUGACCAAGUCCCAUGCUCUGGAGAGGAUCAGCAUCCGAGGGUCCCGACCAAAGCUGCCUAUCGUGCGUGCAUGAGAGCGGACAAGAUCGGAGUGCAGGCUUGUAUUGAUGGAAGAAUGGAGAAUGCUCUUUCCAUCAAACACAUCCCACUGUACCGACUGAUUGGCCGACACCAGCUGAAUAUCACCAUUAUCCCAGUCAGCUCAGCAGCAGACAUUGAGAAGAUUGUGCUGGAGAUACAGGCUGGAGCCAAGUCUCUGACCAAGAUGAUAAAGCUUGAGGAUAAGGAGAUAAGAGCUCCAUCUGUAAUGAGCUCAGAUAGACUGGGGAGGAUUCUGAUGAAGCAGGCUAAGGGUAACAGAACACUGGGUCGGUCCAGUUCCAGUUCCAGUUCCAGCAGAUCCGGCCACCUGUCGGGCAACAGACACUUGCGGGCUGGCAGCAUCAUCAGUAGCAGCAGCAGCAGCAGCAGCAGCAGCAGCAUCAGGAAGAGCAACAAACACAGCAAGGGGCAGACCCGCAGCAUGCGACACAGCAGCAAGCUCAAUCUCCGUGGCAGCACCAGGCGCAGCGGCAGCCUCCGUCUCAGCAGCAGCAGCAGCAGCAGCAGCAGCCUCCGUCGCAGCCUCCGUCGCAGCAGCAGCAAACCUCGCAGCGGCCUCCAUCGCAGCCUCCGUCGCAGCCUCCGUCGCAGCAGCAGCAAACCUCGCAGCAGCCUCCAUCGCAGCCGUCGUCUCACCCUCCGUCGCAGCAGCAGCAAACCUCGCAGCGGCCUCCGUCGCAGCCUCCGUCGCAGCCUCCGUCGCAGCAGCAGCAAACCUCGCAGCAGCCUCCAUCGCAGCGGCAGCCGUGGGACCUCCAGCAUGCACAGGAGCAGCCGCAGGAGUUCACGCCGUGACAUCCUGGAACUUCGAUUUAAGUCUGGACAUGUCAGUCGGUCCACAGCCAGCAGGCGGUCAAUCCAAGUCAGCCGCUCGACAUCUCAACGCUCCAGCUCUCGUCUCAUCAGCAAACUCAGGCACUCGUCUGGAAGCACGUCUAGACGCAGCAGACUCAGCUCAUCCAUCCUCCGCUCAUCCACUCAGCGUUACUUGGUGGGCAAAGCUGGAACUCCAUUACUGGUGGUGCUUCUCCGGGUCAGACGUACAGAUGGAACACAACAAGGUUAUCAGCUGACGGGAUACGGCAAGAUUUCAUCACGGAUUCCCAGGAUGCACGUACGCCUGGUGGACCUGGAGCCCAAGAACAACUGGAAGAUCUGUGCUGAUGCAUUACUACCCCGAUCCCACAAACUCUUGACGUUGGCAAGAUGGGGUGAAAACUGUGAGAAAUACCGCGUUGCAGUUACAGUCUCCACUGGUCAACUUGCAAGUCACCCAGCUACAAAGGUCAAGAUGCAGUGGUCUAGAAUCAACGAGAACUUGAAAUAUGGUGGCAGAAUGGUUGGCGACUACCUCCCAGGACUGGCCUAUUCACUGGGAUUAUCACAGAGCUACAAACGUAAUCGUGACCGUCAGAUUACUGUGCUGGUCGCACUAACCUCCCCACAAACCAUCGACACAAUAAUCCGCUUGCCCAAGAUGACAGCGUUCUAUCAGGGUCUCCGUAUCCCCACAUCCCUGCCAGUCCAUGCUGUCACCAAACGGAUGCAGGAGGCCGGAUUCCACAGCAUCGCCGAACUCUCAGAGACCUUCCUCACAAUGAACCAACGACAAUGCGUUGCUGAAAACGAUACAGUUUGGACAUAUGACGGGAACAGACUCAACCACAGUCUUUCCAACGAUUGCUACUAUGUCCUGACCCAAGACUGCUCCGAUAGUCCCAAGUUUAUGCUGUUGAUGAAGCGUGCACAAACCGAUAAGACGAAGAAGUCCAUCAAACUGAUUGUGUCCGUGAAAAACUUGACCAUUGAGGUAGUUCCUUCUUCAGACCGAAUGAUAUUAUUGGUGAAUGGAAGGAAACAGACUGCAGGGCAACCGAUUCUACCAGCUGUUGUAGAAGUUGUACAAAACGUAACUGGAAUCACUCUGCGGAUCCCGUCUGUGAACAUCGAGAAGUUGUACUUUGAUGGAGAACGUGUCCAGAUUGUCGUGGACCAGAUGAUGAGCAAGACGUGUGGAAUCUGUGGCCUUAACAACGAUGAGAAGAAAAUGAUGAUGCCCAGCCGGGAGGUGGCCGAGGACCAGGACCGUCUCUUUGAGUCCUGGUUGUGUUCGGGAACGUCGUGCAAGGACGAUUGCAAAGUAAGGCGGGACUUUGUGGAACUAGGAACUGUGGUGGAGUUUGAAGGACAGGCAUCCAGAUGCUAUUCUGUAGAACCAGUACAACGGUGCCUGGCAGAAUGUACACCCAUGGAAACACGAUCUCGCCGUGUCCGCUUCCACUGUUUGGCAGCCAAUUACACAGUGACUGACAUGAGUCUCUUUAACAAGAAGUCAGUGGACAUCAGUCGAUCUGUCGACUCCCACACUGACUGCAUGUGUCGCUGUUCCCAAUGAUCAAGAUCAACAGCAACCUUCACACCUGCUGCAUCAGCAACCUUGGAAUAUUACAAUCAUUUGCAAAUUAUCACGAUGUAAAAAAGUAAAUUCAACAUCUUGAAUUGUUCUUUCAAAAACACUAAUAAAGAUUUUCACAGCAUCCAAAAAACAGUUUGUGUAUCGUUUGUGUAACAACGGUAGUUUUAUGGAAGUAAUAGAUGGUGCUGAACCUGCUCUCAUAUGUUUAUUAGUUCCCAGAGCAGACAUUGGCCCGUCCGCCCAUAAGUCCACAGGUCAUAAGUCAUCAAGUCUACUCCACCAUUCAAUCGUGCCUGAUCUAACUCUCCCUCCUAACCCCAUUCUCCUGCCUUCUCCCCAUAACCCCUGUCACCCGGACUAAUCGAGAAUCUAUCUAUCUCUGCCUUAAAAAUACCCAUUGACUUGGCCUCCACAGCCGUCUGUGGCAAAUAAUUCCACAGAUUCACCACCCACUGACUGAAAAAAUUCAUCCUCAUCUCCUUUCUAAGGCUGUAGGCUCUGGUCCUAGACUCGCCCACUAGUGGAAACAUACUCUACACAUCCACUCGAUCUAGGACUUUCACUAUUCAGACAGUUUCAAUGAGGUCCUCCCUCAAGUUUAGUUUAGUUUAGUUUAGAGAUACAGCGUGGAAAUAGACCCUUCGGCCAACCGAUUCUGCACCGAGCAGUGAUCCCCGCACACUGAAACUAUCCUACACACACUAGGGAU